AUGAUGGACUCUACCGGCCCUGAGGCUUACAUUCCGGAUGACCCCGAGGCCUGUUCUCCUGACAAAACCCAUAAGCAAGUGGCUCUUGUAUGUGAUCAUCCGGUUCAGCAUGUUCUGGAAUCGAAAAUCCCAGACUCUUCGACAAAAAAGCGUGCAAUCCUCGGAUUGAGGCCAGCGACGUUCGUUCUUAGUGUUUUGCUGGUCGUGGUUUUGGUGACAGCAGCUAUUGGCGGUGGUGUGGGUGGCACGUUGGCUGUUAAAAAAGCGAGAGAGUAUGACUUCCUUUUUAUAAAGUUGACAAGUGAUGAGACGUCCAAUAGACUAAUGAUCAACGACCAGAGAUACUCGACCCUCACUGCUCCAACAUAG